AUAUGCGGAGGAGAACCCAGGGAUGGGUCCCGACCUGUUGCUGAGUCCGCGAGACCUCUAUCACUUCAUGUUCCACGGGCCAGAGAUGCAACACACGCUGAGGGAAAUCUACUUCCCUCCGGGUUGGCAGGAAAAUAAAGUCGGCAGUUGGGCGUCGGUUCAGA